CAUACACCUUACCUCAACAACGCAAACCAAAGUAAACAAUGUCGCAGCCCUACCCUCAGCAGCAAGGCUACUACGGCCCACCUCCGCCUAACCAGCAAUAUGGUCAAUACCCUCCUCCUCAGCAACCGAUGUACUACCAGCAGGCUCCUCCGCCACCACAGGAGGAGAAGAAGGACCGCGGUUGCUUGGUGACUUGCUUGGCCACCCUCUGCUGUUGUUGGCUCUGCGGUGAAACCUGCGAGUGCUGCUUAGACUGCCUCGACUGCUGCUGCUAAGCGCAUCACCUAAAACACGACAAAGAUACGGUACAUUACAUUAAUCGGCGGACAA